CUUACGGUGAACUUUACAUCUUCUAACUUGGUAUCAGGCCAUUUGUUUUCAACCCUCUAUCAUGGCUUCUUCUUCCAAAAGCUCCUUUCACCCCGCUCUUGCGGUCACAUCUAUAAAAAAUUUAAUUCCCCUCAUUCUCGACAGCGAAAAAUCAAGUAUUCUUCUUGGGCGGAACUUUUCAAGAUCACCGCCCGAGCCUACGAUGUUUUGGAUCACAUCAUCCCUGCCGAUAAAACCCCCACCACCUCUUCCGCUGCCACGGAUGACACCACGGACGAUAACACCAGCGCUACUCCCCACCCCGUCGAUCCCCUUCUAUGGAACCACUUGGACGCCGUCGUGCUCCAAUGGAUAUAUGGCACCAUCUCCCAUGACCUCUUGCAUAGUAUUCUUGAACCCGACUCUACAGCCAUGGAAGCCUAGACCCGCUUGGCCGCCAUUUUUCAGGAUAAUAAAAAUGGCCGAGCAGUGCACCUUGAGGAUGAAUUCUCACACACCCGUUUGGAGAAUUUCGCUUCCAUUUCUGCAUAUUGCAAAGAACUACGCACUAUCUCAACAAACCUUGAAAACGUUGACGCUCCGGUCGACAACAACCGGCUGAUUUUGCACUUGGUCAACGGCCUAACCGAACCCUAUGCGACAGUUGCUUCCUUUAUUUAGCAAACGGCCCCCCUCUCCCUUUGAGACCGCCAGAUCAAUGCUACUCCUGGAAAAAUCCGGCAAGCCCAUUGUCUGCAAAAUGCGUCCACCUCUGCAUCAGCGCUCGCUGCCACGGUGCCACCGCCUACUUCGCCACCUUCCCAUGCCGACCGCCCACGAGGAGGAGGCCACAACAGUUCUGGAUGUGGCAAGGGCUGUGGACGCUAGUCUGGCAAUCGUCCGCAUGACAAAACUACAUGGCUGCAACACUCAGUUUCACCAUGGGCCAUCCCCCCUUGGGCCGCAUGGAUGCCCUAAUACUGGUCCAUGCCACCAUGUCAGUACCCCACUGCUCCUAGACACAUCCCUCCGCCCAUGUCACCUUCUACCGAUAUCUUGGGCUCACGCCCACAAACUUUUAAUGCCGGAUAUGGAUACCCUUCCUCUGCAGGUUCCACACCAACCUUUCUGCCAACGGACUUUCACAAUGUUAUGCACACCAUGUCUUUAAACCCCUCGGAUGACAAUUGGUACAUGGAUACCGGGGCAACUUCUCACAUGACAUCGGACGCAGGAUCUUCGUACAAGAACUCCACUCCUGAGGUGUAAUAGUCAAGAUGACUUGUAUCCGGUGUGUCAACCUCCCCGUCGUACCUCUCCAUCCCACCAUGAUUUCGUUGGUCUCUCAUCCACCAUAUGGCAUAACCGGCUUGGUCAUCCCGACAUUCCAAUUUUUCAUAGUCUUAGCACAAAUAAAUUCAUUGAUUGUAAUAAAGCAUAUGAUGCUAUUUGUCCAUCUUGUCAACUAGGAAAACAUAAUAAAUUACCCUUUUCCCGUCCUCUUCUUAUACACAUGCUCCUUUUGAUAUUGUACACAGUGACUUGUGGACCUCCCCAAUUUUAAGUUCCAAUGGUCACCGAUAUUAUUAUUUAUUUUUAGAUGACUUUACCAA